GUGAAACCCUAAUUCUUUCCUCAUUUUUAAGGGUUUGUGAAGCAGAUAUCGGAACCGGCAGUCGACAAUGGCGAGGAUCAAGGUUCACGAGCUUAGGCAGAAGUCGAAAGCCGAUCUGUUGAACCAGCUGAAGGAUCUGAAGGCCGAGCUCGCGCUCCUGCGCGUCGCGAAGGUCACAGGGGGCGCUCCUAAUAAGCUAUCCAAGAUCAAGGUAGUGAGGCUGUCGAUUGCCCAGGUGUUGACUGUGAUUUCUCAGAAGCAGAAGGCUGCACUGAGGGAGGCAUACAAGAAGAAGAAGUACUUGCCACUUGAUCUGCGCCCCAAGAAGACAAGAGCCAUUAGGAGAAGGCUAACCAAGCACCAGGCAUCAUUGAAGACAGUACGUGAGACGAAGAAGGAAAUAUAUUUUCCCAUGAGGAAGUAUGCCAUUAAGGUGUAGGGUAGAUCUGUCGGAUAUGAUGUUUUGUAGGACCUCGCAAAUUAUAAACCUAUUUGAUCCGCAAAUUUUGAGUAUUUGUCUUUCUGAAUGUUGAGUUUGAGCUAGUUUGUAAUGGUUUUCCCAUAUUAAUUGAAGGUGCUUAGUUUUUUGAUGAA